AAACAUAUUCUGCGGGGUGUUCACCGAAACAAAGUCACUUACACAAAGUUGCUCUGGGAAAGCUCCGUUAAGAAAGUACGGUGAGUAAAGAAAUUGAUAAUGAUAAAAAGAUUCACCUUUUCUGGAUAUCUAUUGAACUGUUACGUAAAGUUUUUCUACGUCCGCUCGACGAAAAUGAGCAAAUUUCUCUGAAAUAUCAUUGAACGAAUUGUUCAAUCUUGGAACUGAAAAUAGUUCGCAGGGAUGAGACGGGACGAAUUGAUGAAUUGACAGUUUCGAGGCGAUGGAGAUAAAACAGAACUUGAAGGAAAAAUUCGUUACAAAAAAAAAUAAAGGCACCCAAAACCACAACGAUGCCAACAAUUCAGUGUUCAUUCAUUUUGAAACAACGAUCUGAACUGGAGCCUAGGAUGUUUUAUAUCACUGAACUCAGUUGGAUUAUUCAAUUCUCCCCCUACUGGCCUAUUUUAGAAUUGUUUACAAGGUAUUUCGUCAUUGUGUUGCUAAAAAAUUCAGACAAAACCAACCGAGGUAGUUUUAGAUAGGAUGAAUUAUGAAAUCACUAUGGAGAAUAAGCUCUGAAAACUUACUUUCAGCUUUGAAAUCUUUGUUUCCUCAUUAGCUACUCUGUGUUUUUGGUAAGUGUCACAAUUUUGAUACUUACAUUUUUUCGGCUGGUUGAAUCAUAACUUUGUUUUCGUUACACCGGAAGAAUAAAUGUUUUCACCUCAGUGCCGUUCCUCUUGCAACUACAAAGUUCAGAGUAACCUUCGAUCGUCAAGCCCUAUUAAUAGAACAACAAAAAAAAUGUUUGUUUUUCGAUCAGUCCAUCUUGAUCACGCAAUCUAAAUCGGACAAAGUCCAGUUAAUCGAUGAGGAGGCCUUUUCAACUGAGAGUAAGGGGUUGACCACAUUGAUUUACAUGGUCACGUCGAGUUUAAGGUUUGGGGCCUAAACCACCGAUUUGGUUCCUUGAUUUUACAGCUUCCAUGUACUUGGAACAAAUAGGAUUUACUAAAAGGAAGCCUUUCGAGUACAGCAGCCAAAUCAGGACCUAAUCGGGACGAUUUCGCCAAACUUUCAGGUCAAGAAUAAAUCCUUGAAAAUUAUCAGAUAUUUUUUAAUAUUGUAAUAGAUACUCGUUACAUUGACUAUUAAUUUCCGUCGUUUCAAGAACAGGAAAUGGAUCAUUGUGUAUAUAUCAGUUGCUUCAUGUUUUUUCCGAUCAGAUGGGACAGAAAAACGGGGAAUAGACAACAAAAACGAUGAUCAGAGCUGAUUCAAAUCUAAUAAAACUUGUCACUGAGUUGAAUAACGCACGUGAUCAGCGCAAGACAGCGUGACGGCUUAUUUUCUAGCAUGUGAUGUUGUUGGCCUAAAGUCGGAAUCGAGACGGCGAAAUGCAUAAGGAACGAAUUGGUGUCGCGGGAACUGCCAGAUCUUAAUUACAAACGUCUCCUUUUGGUGCAUCUCUUGGGAAAAUGGAGGGAAGGCAUCGCAUUUGAUAGGUCAGCGGAAGGCGACAUACUGCGUAUGCCGUCAUAUAAGCAGGAGAAGGAAAUGGCGGUCUGUUCAUUUGUCCUUAGCUUAUGUCAACCAAGGUUAGUGUGUGGUUUUUAGACACCUCUCUUCAAGUUCGUUUUGUGCAAAGGUCGUGUUUUCUUUUAACGUCAACAGUUUCAAAAACUUUUGCAAUAUUUACCAGCGAUCGCUCGAAAAACCGUUCAUCAACAAUGUGUAACACGUGUUUAUUCCAUGCGCACAUCAUAGAGGCCAAAGUUUAAGUUUAAAAUGAAUACAGAUAUUUUUCUUAUAAGACUCAUGGAAGAAAAAACGGCUUUGUAGUGCCUUGGGUGACUCUUAAGCUUUCUCAACCAUCUCAUCAGGUAUUUAUGUCGAUAGAACGAACCCCAAAGUUUUAAAAUAUAUGUCGUCGGCGUCAUUACGUACAAGGUAGUUUAAAACUGAUACUUUAUCCAGCUCUUUCCUGAAUCGGAACUUGCCAAGAGGAUUUCUAUUGUAAAUACAAAUAUAUUUGGAAUACAUAUAUAUUUGAACGGCUGUACCAGGAAAAUUGAAGGCGUCAAUAUUCUUAACAACAGUUUGAAGUAAACUUUUAGGUGAAAGAUUUUUGAAAAAAUUGGUUUGUCUGUUGUACGAAGCUCUUUGGCCCUACGUCGGUCUUGUGACGAUCAGUUGAAUAUUUUCUCUAUGAGGUCAUGGUUAAUGACUAUCAUCCACAUCUCACUUGAGGAAAAUUGCCCUUUAGGUCUUAUGCUUGCAAAAAGAGUAAAAAUGCUAAGCAGAUUAUACUCGUGAUUUUCCUCUUUGUAGAAAGAUUAGCCAAUUUAUAUUAAAGUUUACUUAUGUCUUUCCAUGUGACGCAUCCACAAUUACCUGAGGGUUCCCUCCUGGGCCAUCUUUAAUUGACAGAGAUAUAUUACAUUGUCAAAUAGAUCAGAGACUUGAAUUUAUUUCAGGAUUUAUUUUAGACAGUCACCCUAGGGGAUGUUCUCAGCAAAAUAAAAAUCUGUCUUCAGUGGUUUUUAGGUGUAUUUUAAAAGUCCAUUAUAGGGGUGAGAUGAUUAUAUCUGCAACACCUUACAGGAAAUUAUGGUAGACAUUAGCACAAACCUCUAUUCCUUUGUUAAGUAAUAUUUUGGCUGCGAGAGAGCCCGAUGAUCAUGUUUCCAUAUCUGGUACAAAAAUGUUUGUUUCCAAGACAAUUUUUGAUAUGUAUGAGCACUCAAUCUAUGGGAGGGGACAUAUGGUAAUUAAUUUUUUGGCCAAAACAAUUCAAAUCUCUACAUGGCUGAAUUAUGGUAAAACAAUGUUCACUUUGAGAAAGUGAGACACACUUCCUGUUUUUCCUUGCAAGUAGACACGUUUCAUCGAUUACAUAUGACUUUUGUGGUUUUUUAACCCAACCACAGUUAAAAUGCUUUCCACUGGCGGUCACCUAGUCAAGGGGAAGCUGAAAAAUUAGUAAUGUCUUUAUGACGAGUUAAAAAUAUCAACACUGUGGGAAAAUGAACAGAGUGACAACAUUUUUAGUCUGCUAAAGAAGUUUUGAUGUCUUCAUGUCAUCUUCAGUAGCAAAUGUUUGUUGUUCAAUUGGAAUUCCCACUUCACAAAUACUUCAUGAAAUCACCUAACUUUAAAAGAUUGCAGUAAACCAAUUCAUAAACAAUUUGAAUAAAAUACAACAGAAGCACAGAAGAGCAGUGGUAAUAUAAGAAAUCAAAGUAAGCAAGAGAACAACAAAACAAACUAUCCACAGUUAUGAUAACUGUCCAAAAAAAAUCAAGAUAAUCAAAAAACAAUUGAAAGUAAAGGAUCAAUCCUGUUGUUUUAACUGUUGAUUUAGAGUUGAUCUCUCCAAUUAGUUAUUUAAGGCCUUUUAUUGUAAUUCAAACAAUUGAGGCAGCAGUAUCCAAAAUCAUGAAAGAUUCUGCAGAAUAUAAGUUAGGACAUGCCUAUAAAUGUGAACAGCCUUUUCUGACAUGAGUUGCUCACAGAUGGGUGUACAAAUGUGGCAAGUGAUCUCAACAAUGUAGCAGGCAAUACAGCUAACACAACAAGUUUGCAAAUCUGAAAUUUAUGCAUGAAGGUAGAGCCUGUGGCAUGGAAUCUUUCACACCUAACAUGUAUCCAACCAGAGAGGUAGAAAAAAACUGACGUAAUAUUUAGAUCAGGUUUCCAAUAAGUGAGAGAGUAGUGUUCUUUCAUUGUACUUCUCAAACAUGGUCGUCAUUUCCUCUGUUCUCAUGAUCUUAAUGAAUGAUUCAACAAUGUUGCUGUCAGGAGAAAUUAGUUCCUGGUCACUCUUAGAGUUUGUAGGAUUAAAGAUCUGAGAGAGAAUGAAACAAUGUUUUUGUCAAGUUUUGUAAAUCUUUUUUUCUUUUUUUAGGAUAGAACUGGGAAAGGAGUUUUAACUGGUUUAUAAGUACGAUGGCACCUAAACACAGUAUAAAGAAAUUUCCUCUGAUAUGGUUGUGGCUGGUUACUGUCUUCUUAGCUAGUGGUGUAAUCAUCAACUGUGUUCAGCUUCUUUUGUUACCACUGUGGCUCAUAAAAAAGAAUUUGUUUAGGUGGCUCAAUUUGAAUUUGGUCUACCUACAUUGGUGCCGUAAGUAUUAAGGAAUAUAAUUUUCCAUAAUUUAUCAGUGAAAUCCCUGAGGUGUUUAUUUCCAACUUGGCUGGUGAGCCUAGUGCUUGUAUGAUGCAAGUAUUUAACUAGGGUGUGGUGUUUAUCAAUCAAGUGCAAUUUUUUUAGAUGAUUUUUUUACUCUCCAUCAUCUGAGACCUAGGGUUAGGUGGACAAAAUGUCUACAUUUUUUAUUGCAUCCAGUUCCAGCAAACUCUCAUUUACCCCUUUGCAAGUGCUGUUACUUUCAAUUAAACAAUCACACAUAUGGAAUCAGUAACUGUGCUUUUCUAUAAGUGAAAUUACCUGUUAGCUUAGCAUCAAAUAAAGGCUGGGAUCUUGACCCAAUCCUGGGGCCUCAAUUAAAUGCUUGCACAGUUUUAUUUCUGAAUGGGAGGUUUUAAUUUGCUCCAUCAUUGAUAUGAGGCUGGCAUUUAACUGGGAUCUAGUGUUUAGUCCAGAAAUUGCACUGCAUGGAACUACUUACAACAGAUCAAACCUGUCAUAACAGGUCCUUCAGUAUUUUCAGGGAUGAUAUGUGCUUCAUUAUUUAUAAUGUAACAUUUAUCCAGAAAUUCUGUUUUUUUGUGAGGUGGUUCCUUUUAAAAUCAGCCUUGACAGUGAAGGAAAAAUGCUUUUUAUGUCAAAAUACUUUAGUUUGAUAAAAAUUAGCUUGUAACAGCAAACAAUGAAAAUAUGAGUGCAUGCCCUUUUGCACCAAAGCCUUCAAAUAUAUUUGAAGUAUUACUUGCAAAUAUAGAGAGGGAAAAAUUACAAACUUGCCAUUUUCAUUUUGUUGCUAUAAUCUACCAAACUCAGGUUUGAAUUUCUCCUUUUCAAAAAUUAAGAUCACAAAAUUAUACUAACAUCUUCAGAGUGUCUCGCAUAUUUUGUCAAAGAAAGGUGUACAGUCAAAACUAUAUCAACCAGCACUAUAUUAAGUGGCCACCCUGUACUAAGCGGUUGAUUAUCAAAGUCCAGAACAUUUUUACCCUUAAUUAAUAAAGUUAAUUUUAUCUCUAGUAGGUGGUUGUGGUGACCUUUCAGCUAGUGGAACCCCUCAAAUAAUACUAAGAAAUAUCUCUCAGGUAGAAUUUAAUUCGUUUUUCUCCCAAAAUCAAUGUUAGAGGCAUUCUUGUUAAUUUUAUCUUGCACUUUUGCAAUGAUAUGUAAAUUGAUCCUAAAUUUGUAUCAUUUAUUAGUGGUCAUUUGUGAGUUGUGUUUUUGACUGUUCAUUUGGUAAUCUUACCUUCUGGGAAUUUUUCCAUCCUUGCCAACAUAAACUUUGUUUGGCAAUGAACCAGAGCUAUAUUGUUUGGAAAACACUACUUUCAUGGAAUUAAACUGGAUUUUUCUGGAAGGUCACAAAUUGUGCUGAUUAAAUUAAAUUAUUUAGCUUUUGUAAAAAUACUUGGAAACUAAACUCACCAAACAUUCGGUAUUUGCUGUUUACUUGAGGGGCUAAUUUUUUCUCUGGCUCAUGAGAUGUUUUUUUGAUGCGGUUUUUUUUUUUUUGCUAUAACAAACCUUUUUGUGUUGUUAUUUAAUUUGCAUAAUUUCCAGCCAGUUUGUCUGGAGUGUGGGUGUAGUUAUUUUUAUGUUGGUAUUAACUCAACAUCCCAUCUGAAUUGUUCAUAGCUGGUAACAAUCAUCAGUUUUAAUUGGAAAGUGCUACCAAUAUUUUAGCCAGAUUAUAAAUUUUAACUUUUUUUCUCUAUAAAAACCCUGCAUUUCUCAAAAAAGCAACUAAUAGGAAAUGUCACAUAUCAUUGACAUUUAUGUAAUCAGUAUAACGAAUUUGAAUCCUCUCUCUGUUGGGCACGAAAACAGCACUACUCCUAAAAGAACAAAUAGGAGUUAUCAUUUGAUUUAUAAUAACUCACAAUAAAAUUUGUAAACAAAAAAGACAGGAUCUGACAAGCUGCAGAUGCCUUCCUCUGUUCUUCUCCUGUCUUUUUUAUUUUAUUUUGCACCAAUGAAAGUUCAAACUAAACACUUUUCAAAGGUUUUUUCCAUUUUUAGUCACAAUUGAACCUCAAAUAUCCACAUUGGAUAGUCCAGAGUCAGGAUAAUCUAACUAUGAAGUUUAAUGAGCCAAGAAUAAAAUGCAUCACUCAAAAGAGAUUACUUAGCAAUAUUAUGAAGAAUUAAAGCAAAUCUCAAAUUAUCGUGUAUAAACUGCUAACAUUUGCCAAAAGUGUUUACAAAAAGUUAUUAAAGCUGACCAAAACAUUUUUCAGCAACUGAAAAUGUUGGUGAAAAUCAGUUUGUUUUGUUUUUCCUGCCAUGUCAAAUGCUUAUUAAAACAUUAAAAAAAACAUUUGACAGCUUCGAAAAGUGGAAUAAAUUCAGUUCCAAUGGGAGUUUAAUCCCAUGUUCUUUGAUAUAAAAAAAAUUUGUUUCAAUCUCAAAUGUGAUGUAUUAAUAUUCAUAUAAAAUUGGAUCAGAGAAACAAGUCUGGAUAUUUGAAAAAUCCAGAUGAUAGAGGUCUAGAUAAUCAAAGUUUGAUUGUAAUAAAUUGCAGGCUCUGUGGUCAUAAAGCAUCUUUAUAUAUAACUGUUUAUCUCCCUAGGAGAUAUAUAGGGACUUGACGAAAAAGUCCAGAUAAUCGAGAAUAUGAAUAUUAAUGAGGGAUAAACACUGAUUAAAUUAAGAAAGCAUCAUUUAAUCAUGAAACAAAACAUUUACAAAUUGGUUUGAAAAAUAUAUGGUCUAUACCUUCACUAUCCAUUGUGAAUAUCUCUACAGGUGUGUAUUAAAAAAUUUAAAUUAAUGAAAAAUGUUUUAACAUCAGCCUAAAAUGUUGAAGUCAGUUUGUCUCAAAGAAGAACAUUGUGUGUGCAUUGAGAGUUCCAUCAUUCUUCAAAGCUGCAUAAUCUGGAUAGUGUCAGCAUUGUUCUGUCUUUCCAUCUGUAAUAAACACUUAUUAAAACUUUCAAUGGCUUCAGAGUUUAAAAAAAUGUUCUCAUCUUGGCCUUCAUCUUCGUCAUUGCUGCUUCUUUCAUAUUUGAAAUAAGAUUGUCCAACAACACUCUCUAAAAUUUACUCGUUGGACAACUGUGUUGAAUUUGGGUGCUCAUUUUCAACACAAAGCCAGUCCUCAACAUCAGGAAAAGAGAGACCUACACUGUUGGCAAUAUUCACGACAGAAUUAGAACCAAAGAUAAAGUCUGGAUAAUCGAGAAAUCUGGAUAAUAAUUUCUACUGUAAUAUGCAAUUUAUUCUUGCAAAUAGUGUAAUAUGUUUUUUUUUUUGUUUUUUAAUUUACAGAGUUAACAUUCCUUGCUGAUUGUUGGUCAGGUAUGAAUAUCAAGCUUUAUGGAACAAAGGAAGACUUUGACAAACUAGGAAAAGAGAGUGCUAUCUGCCUGGCAAACCAUCGCAGUGAUGUUGAUUGGUUGAUUGGAUAUGCACUUGCUGAGAGAGUAGGAGUGCUGGCGGUAAAUAUCUGUCUGUAAUGCGAGCGAGUGUGGAAGCUGUGGUGGCCUAAUUGACACCAGGUUGAGAGGUUCAGGCUCAAGACUUGGACUGGUCAUUGUUUCUUGUUCUUGGGCAAAACACUUUACUUUUAACCCUUUAACUCCCAAGAUUUGCUUGUUAAUUCUCCCUUCUAGUUGCUACAUAUUUCCUUGUAAAUCAGUUAUGAGAAUUUAGUGCUAGAUCAAGACAACAACCUCUACCUGAUAAGUUGGAGUUUUCUCAUUACCUGUUUGCAGGAUAAUGUGUGGAUAUUAUAAGGAGAAUUUCCAUGUUAAUCACUUCUGGGAGUUGAAGGGUUAAAGUGCCUCUCUGUAACCUGGAGCAUAAAUGGGUGCCAUUGGAUGGAUGAUGAAAUUCUGGGCUGUAGCUGCAAGAGGAAUAAGUAAUAUCCCUAGUUGCCUCAUGCUAUGGAAAGUGGAACUAUGAAACUAUGAAACUAUGGCUGGAUGGGCCUCUUGGCUUGAGUCCAGACUUAAACGUUACUGUGAGUGGGUGUGCCCUUAUCUAGAUUCAAUCUACUUUACAGAGUGUGUCAUACAUCAUAAUCACAGAAAACAGAGAAAUUUCUGAUUGAGUAUCGAAAAUGAUCACUAGAUUGGUUUUUCUUUUCUUCACUCUGUGAUUGGUUCAGAUCACAGAAAAAAAAAGUCUGGGCUGUGAGUCCCAUCUGUUAAACACUGGGCAAUGCUACCCUCCCUGUCAUCCUAAAAAUAAGUAAGUAACUGAACAAGUACUAAAUAAAGUGAUAAAUGCUAAUGAAACCAGUAAAAGUCCAGAAAAUUGAGUUUGGUUAUUUAAAUCAAUGCUAGGCUGUAAUGACAUUGAUUGGAAAAUUUUGCAAAAUUGAGGUAAUAAUUUUUUUUGUCACAGACUUGUAAGUGCUACAUGAAGGGCUACUUAAAGUUUCUACCAAUAAUGGGAUUCUCAUGGUGGUGCACAGAGUUUGUCUUCUUACAACGAAACUGGCAAAAGGACCAAAGAUUACUUGAGAAGAGUCUAAAUACACUUCAAGAUUUUCCAUUUCCAUUUUGGGUUGGUAAUUAUCUUUUAGUGUGAAACAUAAUCUAAGUGGAGAUAUUGGGAGAUGUUGCUUAGGUGUUGUUGUUUAAUGAAAAUAAAAAAUUAGUUGAUGAGUAACAGAUGCACAAUUUUCCAAGACCAAAGUGUAUAAGUUGGUUUUACAGAGGUUUGGUCGAUGCUUGGAAUUAUUCAGUUUAUUUUAAGCAAAUUUCUUGGAAAGUGGGGAUUAUUUUAAACCUUCACAUCCUAACGUCAUUAUGCAUAUUCUCCUUACUGUUCUCUAAACACUUCCUAAGUUGCUGACAUGGAGAAUUUGUUUAACAAUCAAGAGCUUGAAGAUUUUAGAUAUAUGAAAAUUCACAUAUUUGCACUGCGGUGGAAAGAUGAAAUUAGGAGAUCCUCACAGCUAAGAACACUACUGAAACGAGUAGUUGUAAAUAGGACCUGAAAAAAAUUUCAGGCCCGUACGGGAUUUGAACCCAUGACCUCUGCGAUACCGGUGCAGCGCUCUACCAAUUGAGCUAACAAGCCAACUGGGAGCUGGUCAAUGAAUUGGGUACAAAUAAACAUCCAAGUGAAUGAAGAGCUUCUUUAGUUGGUGAUCAUUUCCUUUAUUCUUGCACCCUUAAUGUGUGAUUUGGUGUAAUAUUGUGAGGAUAAAUUAAAUGUUUGUUGCUUAUAGUGGUCAAUUAUUGGUUAAGGAUUUGAUUACUCAAAGUGACUUUUCUAACUCUUUGCUAAUGACAAUAAAUACUACUCAUAAGUAAUUAGAUAAAGUGGAAACCGUACCAAUUGUUUCCACAGUUCUCAAAUUAAUGAGAGUUGAAUAACCCUCUUUUUUUACUUUUAGAUGGUCAUUUUUGCAGAAGGAACAAGGCUUACAGAAGCUAAAGUACAGGCUAGUGUGGAAUAUGCUAGGGCAAAUGGUCUGCCAGAAUUAAAACACCAUUUAUUACCACGAUCAAAAGGGUUUUCUGUUACUGUCCACUAUCUUAGAGACAAAGGUACCUAUGGAAAAUGUUGAAUUUCACUUCAGAUUUCUACUUUGUUAAGAAAACUUUGAUAUCCAACUUUCUCUUUUUGAGGGCUAUUUUUGGAGGUGUAGUCCGUCUUUGAACUUUUGGGUAAAGUGAAAGCCAUACUCUUUGGUUCUAAACAUACAUGCAAUAAAAAUUACCCUUACACCCUUUUCCCCCAACGUAAACAUUUCAGUUUGCUUUAGUGAGUAGUGAGUGAUGAUGAUGGCCUUAGCAUGAUGGAAAUUAAAUGUCAACGGGGUGGUAGCAAACUGCUUGGUAACCAUUCUCCCUCCUAAGGCAUAUGUGAGAAGGGAAAAGAGGAUUGGGGCGUAUUUCCCCAUCAAUGAUAUCAGGGGAUAUUAGUGUAGAGGACUCUGGAGGUCUCUAUAUGAAAGCCAUGGUAUGUGCCCCAUUAAUGAUAUCAGAGGAAAUUAGUGUACAGGACUCUGGAGGUCUCUAUAGGAAAGCCAUGGUAUGUGCCCCAUCAAUGAUAUCAGAGGAAAUUAGGGUACAGGACACUGGAGGUCUCUAUAGGAAAGCCACGGUCUGUUUGUGAUUGAUUUUAUUUUGUUGUUGUUGCUGAUGGUUUUUAUGUUGUGAUCUUAUUUUAGUCCCUGCUGUAUAUGACAUCGAAGUUGCUUUUCUCAAAGGAAAGGAACCAAACUUGAUUAGUAUGGUAAAGGGAGAAGCUGACGAGGUGCACCUGUGGGCCAGGUAAUGUUAACGUAACAUUUGAUAAAAAUGGAGAAAGAUGGGUGACCUACCAUGGACGGUGAAAGAGGCACUGGCCCAACGGUUAGCGCUUGUGACUUGGAUGGGAGGUAGUGUCUUGUUCUAGGGAAAGACACUGUACUCUCACUCUGCCUCUUAGGAGGACGAACAGGCUUGUCACCAGUAACCUAAUGCCGGUCUGUACUCUCUGCUUUUGUUUAAUCCAGGAGAACUCCUAUUCAAGACAUUCCGUGUGACGAUAUUGAGGAAACUUCCAAGUGGUGCAGAAAGGCCUUCCAAAAAAAGGUAUUAAAAUUCACACUUACAUCAUUUCCGCUGAUUUCGAUGAUUUACGUUUCCCUUCCCGAUUUCUUAUAGGACGAAGGAAUGGCGUACUUCUUUGAACAUGGUAAAUUUCCAGCAGAAGAAAUUGAAUAUGCUAAGAAAAACAGAAGUCUCGUCAUAACGAUGUUGUGGAACAUACUCUUGGGUGUACCUCUUCUUUGGUAUAUCUUGUCUGUAUUACUGUCUGGCUCCAUUACCUCACUCUUAAUUGCUGCCACAAUUGCUCUAGUUGGUAAGUAAAAGUUUCACCGAGAUUGAUUUGAAAUUCGUGACUAGUGAGUAUAUAUCGAUUAACAGAAUUUUUUCUGAUGACGUGCUCGUACUCAAACGAAGGGAAAAAAACAACUUGAGGCGAUGAAACCACGUAGUCAUACACUGAAGUUACCAACUCAUGCAGCCCACACCAAACAAAGAAAGCGAGGAACACUUGCGUAACAAUGUAACAAAGAACGCUUAACCUUAGUUUAACAGAAAGCAAAAGAAAACAUAACGCGGCUUUGGUGUAACAAUGGAGCAAAAUCCAAAGCGCGCGCAGCUUUGGUAUUUCAUUGAACCAAUAAAAGAAAGUGCGCAAGCGGCUAUGGCGUAACGAUGGAACAAAAUCCAAAGCGCGCGCUGGCGGCUUUGCUGCAACAGUGAAACAAAAUCAAAAGCACACUCAGCUUUGGCAGAACAAUGAAGCAAUAGAACAAGGAACGCGCGGUUGGCUUUUUGCAACAAUGAACAAAAUCAGAUGUGCAUGAAGCUUUGGCAGAACACUGAGGUGAUGAAACAGAGCACGCGCACGCGGUUUUUUGCAACAAUGGAACAAAAUGAAAAGCGCAAGCAGCUUUGACAUCACACUAGAGCAAGAAAACGGCACGCGCGGGCGGCUUUCUGCGUCAAUGAAACAAGAAAUAAAAAAUGUACAAAACUAUGGUGCAACAAUUAAACUAAAUCCAAAGUGUGCGCGCAGCAUGAGCGCAUCAAUCAAACAAAAUAAAGUGCCCCAUUUUAUGUAAUAAAUGAGCAAAUUGCGAAGCACGUGCGACUUUGUUGCAACAAAGAAACAACAUGUAAACCGCGCGCAUUUUGAUGCAACAAUGAGACAAAGUAAACAGCACGCGCAACUCGAUUUAAAUUUAGCAUAACGAGGUACAAGUUGUGCCCUAGUGUCUUUCCAUUUCAUCAAAUGGCGUUUGCCGUCGUGGGAAAAUAAUCCCCCAAAAUGUAAGUGUAAAGCUAUCUAAGUAACAGGUGUAAUUGUUUGUAAUUCGUCUAUAACGCGUUUUUCAGGUUUUAUCAUGAUCAAAGUACUGCUGCACUUUAGUGACUCCAAGAAAGGUAGCAGUUUUGGAUUGAAGCCUUCUAAUGGUACAAGAAACACUACCCCACCAAAUGGUGACACGGCCAAGAAGUUAACUUAGAUUAUAAUGUUCAAAUUGAUUUACGGAGUUGAACAGCGAGAUCUUUUCAAGGGAAUUAUCGAGAAUCAGUUGUAACAAUAGGUUCCUUUUACACAUUUUUGAUACUUAAGAGGGAAACGCAUUUGAUAUUAUUAUGCAUUUUGGUCUUUCCAAAAAAACAAACAAAAAUAAAACAAAAUAAGAUGUUACAAAAAGCAACAAAAAUGUUUGGUGUUUUCAAACUUGUUAAUUUCCAUGCCUGUUGAGGACCUUUCCAAGAUUUUUUCUGAGGGAUAUUUUCCUCGAUCUGGGAUGAAGGAGGAAUGCAGACUCAAAAUAAAGUGAAACAAUUAUUUAGUGACGGUAUUUCUUGCUUUAUCAUCCCCAUAAAAAAUCUUGACAAGUUCUUUCCCGAAAGUAGUGUCGGUAGUUAGGGGAGGU